CUUACCGUAUCACCGGUACAAGCAAUCCUCCCUACACAGUGGAUGAAUUCCAUGAAUUCGACGGCGACACAGGACCCCCCGGAGUGGAAAUGCUGCCAAAUGUUUCAGAGGUAGAGACCUCUCUAAAUGACCUUAACCUUACUAUCAGGAUACCUCAACCUAUCACUUUCCUCCUUUCAAACCCAUCACAUCCAACCGUCAUUUUCUCUUCGAAGCCUCCUGAAGGACAGCUGAAGACACCGACGGUAAAUGACCGUAACAAAGUACUAAGUUUGUCCAGACCCAACGGUGGAGCACACGCCAAUCUUGGCAUUCUCUUUAAUUGGCUCAGCCCCCGGGAGGCAUCGAGGAUUCGAUCCGGAAGCCAACUCACAUUCCCCACUAUCGCGUAAUAAUACCUUGAUACCACUGACCAUGUACCACUAUGUACUCCACUUGGUGAAUAGUCUGGGAGGUUCUUAUCUGGUUAAGCCUGUCCAAGUGCCUAUCCUGAAGAUCCUGAUUAUGUACUUCUCAAUUCUUAUUGUUUUGUGACGACGAUGAUUGACCAAAUGACCAAAAAAAGAUCACUGUUCGUCACAUGAUUUUUUGGGGUUCAGCAAAAGUGACCGGAACAAAUUUACCUGCAGAAAAUCAAGGCUGGAACUUCAGCAGGACCCAAUUUUUGGUAUUGUCACUUAACUACCUUUUUUUCGCUUUGUUUUUUCCAGGAUGAGUCAGCCGCGGCACAUUCCACGCCUCUCUCGAGUACCAUCCAGCCAAGGUUUCCCCCACCACUAAC